AUGCUUGAGGGCACCACAUACGGUGCUUGGGGACUACCUGGUGCCCACGGGCACCAUGUUGAAUGUCACAAUACAACUACACCUACUCCAACGUCCACUGAGUCUACAACUACAUCAUCAACUACCGCCACAGAAUCCACAACACUCUCUACUAUAUCCACAACUGAAACACCUACUACUACAACCACUACAACUACAACAACCACCACAACUACAACUACAGAAUCCACAACCGGAACCAAAUCUACCACUACAACUGAAACAUCAACAUCAACAACUUCUUGUACUUAUUAUACUGAAGAACCAUGUAAAUGGUCAGAAUGGUACAAUGUGCACAAUCCAGAAACAGACAAAAAUGACUUUGAAACAUAUCAUAACAUUUUAAAAAAGAACAAAACGGUAUGUGACAACCCAGAAAAAAUUGAAUGCAGAUCAGCUGAAAAUCCUGAGAUGGAACUAGACUUGUAUCUCAAAGAAAAUGAGCAGAAGGUUACCUGUGAUGUAAAAACUGGUUUAAUAUGUAAAACAGUUGACCAAAAAUAUAACAAAAAGUGUCUGGACUAUGAGAUAAGGGUUUGUUGUGGUGGUGGGAUUGGGAUGUGUUCUACAACAACGACUGGACCAACAACCACAACUACAACAACACCCACAACUACAACCACUCCAACAUCCACUGAGUCUACAACUACAUCAUCAACUACCACCACAAAAUCAACAACACCCUCUACUAUAUCCACAACUGAAACACCUACUACUACAACCACAACAACUACAACAACCACCACAACUACAACCACUCCAACAUCCACUGAGUCUACAACUACAUCAUCAACUACCACCACAGAAUCCACAACACCCUCAACUAUAUCCACAACUGAGACACCUACUACUACAACCACAACAACUACAACAACCACCACAACUACAACCACUCCAACAUCCACUGAGUCUACAACUACAUCAUCAACUACCACCACAGAAUCCACAACACCCUCAACUAUAUCCACAACUGAAACACCUACUACUACAACCACUACAACUACAACAACCACCUCAACUACAACUACAGAAUCCACAACCAGAACCAAAUCUACCACUACAACUGAAACAUCAACAUCAACAACUUCUUAUAAGGGUUUGUUGUGGUGGUGGUACAUGGAUGUGUUCUACAACAACGACUGGACCAACAACCACAACUACAACAACACCCACAACUACAACCACUCCAACAUCCACUGA